UAUGUAUCUGCCGACUUCUCUGCUGAGUGGAAUUGAAAUUAAUGAUCACAUUCAUGUAAUUCCUAUGGAAUGGCAAAAUGGGUACAGGAAACGGCAACCCACAUCGGAUUGUAAUGGGUGGUGCUAUGGCUCCAGUGCACUCCAUAUGUUCGAGUCAAUGUCCCACUGUAGAGAUGGCCGAAAAAAGCAGAAUGAUCACAUCACAAGAAUUGCUGGUCGUUGUUAGGAGACAAGUACAGUACACUGUACCCGAAACCACCCAGCAAGGUUCUAUUUAGAGAUGGCCACUAGUGCAGAGUCAACUCGCUGAUGAGGGAAAAUCGACAAAAAAGGAAGAUGCAGAGGAAAUGAGGGACAACAAUUAUAAAUAGGGCUACAAGCAUUUGAGAUGAUGGCAAUUGCUGCUGUGGGAAACAAUCUAAUCACCUAUGUGUUCAGUGAGAUGCACUUCCCUUUGUCAAAGUCAGCAAACAUAGUGACAAACUUCAUAGGAACUGUCUUUCUCCUCUCCCUCCUUGGUGGCUUCCUGUCUGACUCUUAUCUUGGGAGCUUCUGCACCAUGUUGAUCUUUGGGUUUGUGGAACUCAUGGGUUUUAUCCUACUGGCAGUCCAAGCCCAUAUCCCACAACUAAGGCCUCCCCACUGCAAUAUGGGGAUUGCUGGAGAACCAUGUUUGGAAGUAAAGGGUUACGAGGCUUGGAUAUUUUUUCUGGCACUUUGCCUGGUAGCUUUAGGAAGUGGGUGUCUAAAGCCCAACAUAAUCUCUCUUGGAGCUGACCAAUUCCAAAAGGAUGAUACCGAGCAAUCCAAGAAACUCUCUACUUAUUUCAACUGUGCAUACUUUGCCUUCUGUACCGGUGAACUUUUUGCUCUGACAGUUCUUGUUUGGGUACAAACACAGUCAGGAAUGGACGUCGGAUUUGCAGUCUCUGCGGCUGCCAUGGCUGUGGGAUUGAUCAGCUUACUUUCUGGUACACUUGUGUACCGGAACAAACCGACUCGUGGUAGUAUCUUCACACCAAUUGCCCAGGUUUUUGUAGCUGCAAUUACCAAGAGAAAGCAGAUAUGUCCUUCAAAUUCAGAUAUGCUUCACGGAAAUCAAAACAUAGAGGCUUCUGCCGCAUCACCUAAUCUCAGGAACCUCCUGCAUACAGAAAAGUUCAGGUUUCUUGAUAAAGCCUGCAUCAAAAUUCAAGACGGAAGCCGAAAGAGUGAAAGUCCGUGGAGACUAUGCUCGGUAACUCAAGUCGAACAAGUGAAGAUAAUAAUCUCAGUUGUCCCCAUUUUCGCUUGUACAAUAAUUUUCAACACCAUUUUAGCUCAAUUGCAAACAUUCUCUGUCCAACAAGGAAGCUCUAUGAACAAGCAUCUCACAAAAAACUUCCAAAUCCCACCCGCAUCUCUCCAAUCCAUCCCUUACAUCAUGCUCAUAUUCGUCGUCCCUCUUUAUGAAACAGCAUUCGUACCAAUCGCAAGAAAAGUCACCGGACGGGAUUCAGGAAUCUCUCCUCUCCAAAGGAUUGGCAUCGGUCUCUUUAUCGCAACCUUUUCCAUGGUUUCAGCUGCUUUGGUAGAGAACAAGAGGAGGAAUUCAGCUUUAAAUUCAAACAAAACGCUCUCCAUAUUUUGGAUUGCACCUCAAUUUCUGAUUUUCGGCCUCUCAGAGAUGUUCACUGCCGUUGGCCUUAUCGAGUUCUUCUACAAACAGUCGUUGGAAGGCAUGCAAUCCUUUUUGACAGCAAUGACUUACUGCUCAUACUCUUUUGGGUUCUAUUUGAGUUCUGUUUUAGUCUCUCUAGUGAACAACAUAACCUCAUCAAGCUCUUCUUCUGGAGGUGGGUGGUUGAGUGAGAAUGAUCUCAACAAAGAUAGGCUGGACCUUUUUUAUUGGUUGCUAGUUGGUCUCAGCCUCAUGAAUUUCUUCAACUAUCUUUUCUGGUCCAGUUGGUAUUCCUACAAUCCAACUUUUUCGCGGCCUUCUCCUACACAUGAUCAACAGGACCACUCCUCAAAACAGAUUGAAGCUUACAGCAAUACUGCACCUUGAGUUAGUUUGCUUCUCAAAUUUUUCGUCGCUACAUCAAUACUGCACCUUGAGUUAGUUUGCUUCUCAAAAUUUUCCUCGCAAUAAAUUUUACUUGUUUGUUCAAAAUAGAAAUUCUAGCUAGUAUGAUGACUAUCAUAGACUUAGAGCGCGCCUCUAUAUAUUGAUACUACCUUCAGGGGAAUUUUAAGGUGUCCCCCUCCUUAUGGUAUGUCCAAUCAGGAAAUGUUAUGUCUUUUCAUGGUAAAUGUUCUACUAUCUUUUUGUGAUAAAUAUUAUGAGGGGAUUCACUCUAAAAUUGUGAUUUUGAAAAUGUUGCACCGUUUUCAAAAAAUGUUAUGCAUCAUAUGGUGAAAAUGUUAUAUGUAAAUGUAAUGCCAUUUGAUUGUAUUAUUAUUAUUUA